CGGAGCCGAGCGGACAGAAAGCUCCGAUAUCCCACGAUCAGGAAAUACCGCUCAAACUCACCACAGCUGCCGCUUUGUGCAGCCACUUUCUCCGUUAAACCGAUUUUCACCGAGUAGAAAACAUUUUUUGUUUGUGGAGGAGAGAUGCGGGUUGUAAACAGUCUGGCCGAACCGCGAAUCCAGUAACGGAGCACUGAAAGCCGCGGAGGGAACCGGAGAAGCGCUUCACGACGCGUCCGUCAUCAUCACGGCCCGCUGUUCCCGUGCAGCGACUGAAGUGAGUCUCCGGUACCGUGUGUGUGGAGCUACUGGAACAGGUUUUGGUGGCACAUUUGUACACAGCAUAUGCUGGAGUGGGUGAGUGAAGUGUUCUGGCAGGAGCAUCUGUGGUUCCCGGAGGGUUUGGGAUGGGCUGAUCUGGAGGACCGUGAUGGGCGAGUCUACGCGAAGGCACGGGAUUUGUGGGUGGCACUGCCAAUCGCCGUCCUGUUUCUAGUAAUUCGACAGGUCUUUGAGAGAUAUGUUGCUACACCGCUAGCCUCUCUGCUGGGCUUGAAACAAACAGUCAGACGGCGAGUUACACACAACCUCACACUGGAGUCCCACUAUUGCAACACAACUAAAAACCCCACACAGAGUUCAGUAGAGAAACUGUGCAAGCAGACGGGAUGGACCGAGCGACAGGUCCAGCGCUGGUUCAGGCGGCGCAGGAAUCAAGACAGACCCAACCUUCUCAAGAAGUUUCGUGAGGCCAGCUGGAGAUUCGCCUUUUAUCUUCUCGCCUUCAUCGGUGGUCUUGCUGCACUAAUAGAUAAGCCCUGGUUGUAUGAUCUCGAGGAGAUGUGGAAAGGCUUCCCCACUCUGACUCUCCUGUCGUCUCAGUACUGGUACUACAUGCUGGAGCUGGGUUUCUACACCUCUCUUCUCUUCAGCCUGGCAUCUGAUGUCAAGCGUAAAGACUUCAAAGAGCAGGUCAUUCAUCACGUGGCCACCAUCAUGUUGAUCAGCUUCUCCUGGUGUGUUAAUUACAUCAGAGCGGGAACGCUCAUCAUGUUCAUGCAUGAUUCAGCCGACUAUCUGCUCGAGUCAGCUAAGAUGUUUAACUACGCCCGAUGGAAGAACGCAUGCAACUACAUCUUCAUCCUGUUUGCUGCGAUCUUCAUCGUCACUCGCCUCAUCAUCUUCCCUUUCCGGAUCAUGUAUUGCACAUGGGUGUAUCCCGUGACCCUGUACCCUCCGUUCUUCGGAUAUUACUUCUUUAACGGGCUGCUGAUGGUUCUGCUGUGUCUGCACAUCUUCUGGGCCGCGCUGAUCAUACGCUUGGCCUUCCGCUUCUUGAGCAGUAACUCGUCGGUAGAAGACGAGAGGUCCGAUCGAGAGGAGACGGACGAGUCCGAGGAGGAAGAACAGAUGAGAAACGGAGAGAUAAAGAAAAACGGACCAGCUCAGAACGGCCACGCUACAUAUAACAACAACCACUCUAAAACAGAGUGACGUCCCGAGAGAAACCCAAAGAGAUUCUUCCUCUCCUGAAGCAGAGCAGAGACGAACACACACACAUACAGUAGCAGUCAUCACACGAACACCUCUAUCUGGAGGGACGAACAGAGAGCAGUGCUGCCUCUAUUGACAUAAGCUUACAGGAGCAGAUCACCUAGAAAUCUACAUCAUUUACUGAUGCCUCUCCGGUGACUUUCUUGCAAAGACUUUCAACCUGCUCUUCCCCAUACAAUGAAAAUCAAUGGUGACCACGACGGUCAAGCAAGAUUUGCCGUCUGUUCCUCACACAGAUCAGUGCUCGUCUCAUAUUGCUGCAUUUUUUUAUGCUGCGUCUUUGUGCUUUCUAGAGCUUGAAAUCCUUUAAUUUCAUUGUAUGGUAGACAGCUAUGGAAGCCAAUGGAAUACAUGAAUUAAAAGGUAAUUGUGACAUUGUAUCUCACAAUUCAGACUUUGUUUCUCGCAAUUCUGAGAAAAACAGAAUUCCGAGAUUUAAAACUCAGAAUUCCACGCAAUUCCAGAGUUUAUGUCCCAUAAUUCUAAAUUUUACAUCUCGCAAUAAUUAUGAGAUGUAAACUCAGAAUUGCAAGAAAAAAGUCAGAAUUAUGAGAUAAAAAAA